AUGCUGAAUGAUUUCCCGGAGCACCUGAAAGAGGCAUUAGUGAUGAUAAUAAAGAAAGAAGGCUACGAAACUUGCAGCAUCACUAAAAGGACAUUGUCAUCGAAAGGCGCAAAUCUUCUGGGAAUACUACACGAAGUGGACGUUAUAGGCACGGCGGCUAACGGCUGUAAUAAAACAAAUUAUCUCUUCAUCAAGCAGGCGAUGGUUCUAAAUAAAAUUCGAGCCGUAUCAAUCGACAAUAUUUAUUCCAAAGAGGUUUAUUUUUACACGGAGGUCGCGCAGAUACUAGACAAUCUACAGAACGAGGCUGAUAUUCCAGAAAGAGAGAGAUUCAAUAUAGCCAACGGCUACGACGAAAGCAGCGAGAAGGCGAUUAUCCUCGAAAAUUUAACCAGGAAGGGCUACAAGACCUUCAACAAAGCGGAAGGCCUGACGCUGAAGUGCGCAGAGCUAUCGAUAGAACAAUUAGCCAAGUUCCACGCACUAUGUUUGGUGAUGCAAAAGAGAAUGCCGGAUUACUACGAGAUGAAAAUCAAGAAGCAGAAAUGCCCGGUGAUGUUCAAUGACGACUGGAACGGUUUCUUAGUCAACAUCUGCGGCAAGUUCGUCGACGCUUUGGAGGAAGACACGAAAAGCAAAGUCGGGUGGUUGCUGUCGAGAAUGCAAAACGAUUAUCCGAGCUAUCUAACCGAGGACUCGCCCGUGUGCGUUAUGUGCCAUGGCGAUUACAAGCCGCAAAACAUAAUGAUUAAAGAAGUGGAUGGCGAGGUAGUGGACGUGAUGCCGUUGGACUACCAGCUCGCGUACCACGGGUGUCCCAUCAACGAUCUGAUGUUCUACAUAUUCAGCGGCACGGACCAGCAGUUCAGGGGCCGCCAUUUGGAGCACCUGAAGGGCCUGUACCAUGACUGUAUGGGGAGGUUCCUGGGUCGCUUCGGCGUGGACGUGGAGGCGGUAUUCCCCCGCGGCCAAUUCGAGCGGAUGUACAAAGAGAGGCUGCUCUUCGGGCUGAUGGUCGGCACGCUCAUGUCGUACUUCGCCUUCGUGCCGGAAGACGACCUCCCCGACGUGGAGAACAGUGAGAUGUCCGAGUUUGUGGUCAACCCCGAGCCCGGAUACGAGAGCUGGGUGCGCGGACUCGUAGACGACUUCACGCAGUGGGGCUGUUUG